UCCAACCUGGCUGAAUUCCCGAACUCCCGGCUCAGCUGUCCCCAGACUUGCUCCUUCAUCCUGGUGAGCGUGGCAGGCACAGUUCUCCGAGUGCUCCAGCAGCUUCUCCUCUGCGCCCUCGGACUCGGGGCUGCUCCGACACGGCGUAAGUCUCCUUUGCAUUCCGUUCUCCCGGCAUUUGCCUUUCACGGUGUCGCCUUUUACAUCCCCCUUCGCCUCUAUUUCCUUGGCUCCUCCAGUGGGACUGAGUCACCGUCUCCUUCCCAACCACCCACUGGAUUUUCCGGCGGUGCCCCUCCGCAGAAGGUGGCUGGUUACCAUGGCACCCGGGUGCCCUUCUGUUCUAGAUGCCAGAUUAGAUCUGUUCUCAUGGUGACUGUGCCUUGCUGUUCCUCACCAGCACACGUUUAACGAGCUCAGACACCGUGUUCCUUCUCCACUCAAGGAGGAGACUCCUUAAGAUCCAAGACAAGCCAACUGCUCCUUACCACAGCGUGGAGUCUGUAUUUCCUGCACUACCAGCCUCUCUGUUUUCCUUCCAGCUACGGGAACGGGGCAGGAAGAGGCUGUUCCUGCUGCGUGGCUCGCUGCUGAUCCCGUGGCUUAAGUCCAGCACCUGCCUGUGAGGAGUCAGCAGGUCCCUUCUCCUCACUGCCUUCCCUCAGCAUGGAUACCUGGCGCAGAGGGUCCAUCAAGUCCACCACGUUCUUCAGACGUUUCUCCCUCAGGAGGCACAAAAAGCUGGGCAACCAAGUCAUCAUCCUGAACCAGAACAGCCACACUCUGGACACUGACGGCCAGAAGAGGGAAGGCUUGAGGGAUCUGAAGGACAAGUCUGACUACCUGUCGUGCCAGAGCGAGCAGAACCUGGCCAAGGCACAAGCCCCUCCCAAGCCUCCCCGGCUGUACCUGGACAGUUCCAGCUGCCCCAACAUCAUCGACCACACCGACUCCCACUCCGACAUCUCCUUUUCCGACGCCGCUCAGUACCACAAAGGCACUCAAACGCACAAGGACCAGGCUACAGACCACGGGACCUCAGAGGCAGGUUCCCAGAACGGCACCACUCUUCCCGACCUGGCUGACCCCUUCCUGUCCUUCAAAGUGGAUUUGGGGCUAUCGCUCCUCGAGGACGUCCUGCAGACCCUCAGGAAACAGAACCCAAGAGAUUAUGCCAUCUGAAGGUAUUUAUCAUUCACCACAUCCCAUUUACCCAAUGCUGCUGCCGGUUCCUCUGAUCCCAGCGGGAGGAAGGAUGCUGGAGCAUGCCUGUCGUGUGUGGCCUGUUUUGUUGUCCUCACCUCACCCACCACAGACCAUCCCUGUCCUUGCCAAGGAAUCCUCUGGAGCAGAGCUCAGGUGAGAGCACUGUUUCCACUCUUCACCCUGGCAAUCUCCCACUCCGGACUGUGCGUCUCCUCCUCAGGGAAGAACGGCAUCGUUUGGGAAAGACUUGUUAUUUUGGGGAUGUGGCUGUGACACUGCGGGGCAGGGACACACAGGGACUUGGCAUGGAUCCCUUGUGGGACAGCAGGCAGCCUGCAAGGAGACAGCAGCACUGCACCUCAAAGCCACAGGUGUGGCAAGGGCUGAGAGACGGGAACUGGGGGUUCUUCUCCCACCGUGUCUGGAUGUGAAAAAUCAAAGCUGUUCCUCUUUUUUUUUUUUUUUUUCUUCUUCCUUGUGGGUUUCUUUUUCCCCAGCUCCAGUGCAGUUGGCACUCCCAGCCUGGAAACAGGUAAGCACCCACUCGUGCUCGUGCUAAGAGCACCAGCAGUGGGUUUAUCCUCCUGGCAGGGGAGAGGAGAUGUCUCCACACACUGCUGCCUCACGCAUGCACUGAGCUCCCAGCUGUACAGAUGUGGAAGAAUAAAUGUAUUUGUGACUGGAA